CACUGCUUUUCCACGUCAGUGUGUUUACCAAAACCAGACUGACAGCUACAGGAAGUCGGUCCCUUUAUUCAUUAUUUAUACGUUACUGAAGACUUAAUGAAUAGAAAGAGUUUUUAAAUUUUAUAUAGUGAUAAAGUGGAAUGUCCGAUUCCUGUAGCUUGUCCAGGUGUCGCAAGGAACUGAACUUUGCUUCUUUUCUGGCAACCCUCGCUAGCUAGCCUGCUAGCUCACUGAGCUAGCAUAGGUACAUUUGGAUCCCGUUGGAAAAGGAGCAGCCGCACAAAGGAAAGCAGCAUGGUGGACAAGAACAUCUACAUUGUCCAAGGUGAAAUUACCACUGUUGUUGGAGCGAUAAAGAGAAACUCCAGAUGGAAUACUCAUACAUCACUGGAUGAGGAACAGGAUCCAUUACUGAACAGCUUUGGACAGCUCAAGGAAAUACUCAAUAACAUUAAAGAACUCUCAGAUGUUGAACCCAACGUUUUCCUGAGACCUUUUCUGGAAGUCGUUCGCUCCGAGGACACCACUGGACCAAUCACAGGCCUCGCUCUUACCUCAGUCAACAAGUUCCUCUCCUAUGGCCUUAUUGAUGCAAACCACGAGGCAGCAGCAGAGGCCAUUGAGAACAUGGCGGACGCAGUCACACACGCUCGGUUUGUGGGAACCGAUCCUGCCAGCGACGAGGUCGUUCUCAUGAAGAUUCUGCAGGUGUUGAGGACGCUGCUGCUGACGCCAGUUGGAGCCCACCUGACCAAUGAGUCCGUCUGUGAAAUUAUGCAGUCCUGCUUUAGAAUCUGCUUCGAGAUGCGUCUGAGCGAGCUUCUCAGGAAGUCGGCUGAACACACUCUGGUUGACAUGGUACAGCUGCUGUUUUCCAGACUGCCCCAGUUCAAAGAAGAGGCCAAGAGUUACGUGGGUGCCAACAUGAAAAAGUUGAAAAUGCGUGCUGGUGGGAUGAGCGAAUCUUCCAAAUGGAAGAAGCAAAAGCGCUCACCAAGGCCUCCUCGCCACAUGGUACGAAGUGCCUCAGGUGGGAUGGACCACAGUCAGCCCAGCACCCUCAGCAACAACCUCACUGGUGGUGUUCCAUUCAUCGACCAAGGCUCCGGUUCUGGACUCCCAGCCUCAGACAGCGCCGGCUCCUCCAUAUCCAGCCCCACAGACAGCGGCCUGGAUACCUGUUCCAAAGCCACGUCUAGAGAUGACCUUUCUGACCUGGACCAGUGUAGCUCCUCUGUGAACACCCCCUGUUCUGCUGCUUCACCCCCUGGCUCUGAGUCUGGCUCACACGAUGCACCGCUUGAGGGAAAGCUGGCUGAGCCAGCUCCGUCAGCCUCAGUGGAGUCCAUUCCAGAAGUUCUCGAGGAUAAAGAAUCUGACAACACCUCUGUGCAUGACAUGGACUACGUCAAUCCUCGUGGAGUCCGGUUUACACAGUCCACCCAACGAGAUGGUGUAUCCCUCAUUCCUUACGGCUUGCCAUGUCUAAGGGAACUCUUCCGCUUCCUGAUCUCCUUGACCAACCCUCAUGACCGACACAACACCGAUGCCAUGAUGCACAUGGGCCUUCAGCUGCUGACUGUCGCACUCGAAUCAGCAAACAUCGCUAACUACCAGUCUUUGCUCAUCUUGGUCAAAGAAGAGCUAUCUAGACACCUAUUUCAGUUGCUGAGUGUGGAGCGCAUGAACCUCUAUGCUGCUUCCAUACGAGUGUGCUUCCUGCUCUUUGAGAGCAUGAGAGUCCAUCUAAAGUUUCAGCUGGAGAUGUACCUGAAGAAACUGAUGGACAUCAUCACAUCAGAGAACAUUAAGAUGCCCUACGAGAUGAAGGAGAUGGCUCUGGAGGCGCUGGUCCAGCUGUGGAGAAUCCCCAGCUUCGUCACUGAGCUGUUCAUCAACUACGACUGCGACUUCUACUGCUCCAAUCUCUUUGAAGACCUCACCAAGCUGCUGUCCAAGAAUGCGUUCCCAGUGUCGGGGCAGCUGUACACUACCCACCUGCUGUCACUGGAGGCCCUGCUGACGGUCAUUGAUAGUAUUGAAGCCCACUGCCAAGCCAAGGUCCCCGACGCCGUGGCGCAGCAAGACCAGUCGGACACGCUGCUGGCUGAAGGUGAAGCCUCCAGCACAAAUGGUACAGACUCUACCACUGAACUAACUCAGCUUGGCAACACUAAUGUAAACCAUGCACCAGCUGACAGUUCACCAGUAUGCCCGCCCACCAGUGGACAUUUGAUGGCGGAGCGGAUGAGAUUAGGCCGACAGGACCAAGGAGCCGCUGAAGCUGAGAAGAGAACUCCGAAAAAGCCCCAGCGUUUCUCCUCAUACCUACCCGACUCUCAAGAGUUGCUGGAGAUUAGAACGAAGAAAAAGCUGCUGAUCACAGGUACUGAGCAGUUUAACCAGAAGCCCAAGAAGGGAAUCCAGUUCCUCCAGGAGAAAGGACUCCUCAGUGACCCCCUGGACAACAACCAGGUGGCCCAGUGGUUGAAGGAAAACCCCCGCCUUGACAAGAAAAUGAUCGGCGAGUACAUCAGUGAUCGCAAGAACUUGGAGCUCUUGGACAGCUUUGUGAAUACUUUCACCUUCCAGGGGCUUCGGAUCGACGAGGCUCUGCGGCUUUACCUGGAGGCCUUCAGACUACCCGGAGAGGCUCCUGUCAUUCAGAGGCUGCUGGAAACCUUCACAGACAACUGGCAUAAAGUGAACGGCUCUCCAUUCAUGACCAACGACGCCGGCUUUGCCCUGGCCUACGCCGUCAUCAUGCUAAACACUGACCAGCAUAACCACAACGUCCGGAAACAGAACAUUCCCAUGACGGUGGAGCAAUUUAAGAAAAACCUGAAGGGCGUCAACGGAAACAAAGACUUUGACCAGGACAUGCUGGAAGAUAUCUACAACGCCAUCAAGAAUGAGGAGAUCGUGAUGCCAGAUGAACAGACGGGCUUAGUGAAGGAGAACUAUGUCUGGAGCGUGCUGCUGCAUCGCGGAGCGGCUUCGGAGGGCGUUUUCCUCCAUCUUCCACCCAGCAGCUACGACCACGACCUGUUCACCAUGACGUGGGGGCCCACCAUCGCUGCACUCUCCUACGUGUUUGACAAGAGCCUGGAUGACAGCAUCAUCCAGAAGGCCAUCAGUGGCUUCAGAAAAUGUGCUGUGAUCGCUGCUCAUUAUGGCUUCAGUGACGUGUUUGACAACCUGAUCAUCUCCCUCUGCAAAUUCACCACUCUGAGCAGUGAGUCGGUGGAAAACCUCCCGACAGUGUUUGGCAGCAACAGCAAGGCUCAGACGGCAGCCAAAACUGUGUUUGACCUGUCCCAUCGGCACGGCAACAUCCUGAGAGAGGGCUGGAAGAACAUCAUGGAGUCCAUGCUGCAGCUGUUCCGGGCAGAGCUGCUGCCCAAAGCCAUGGUUGAGGUGGAGGAUUUCGUGGAGCCAAACGGGAAAAUUUCUCUUCAGAGGGAGGAAACCCCUUCAAAUCGCGGUGAGUCUGCCGUUUUGAGUUUUGUCAACUGGCUGACUCUGAGUGGAGCCGAGCAGUCUGGACUCCGAGGACCGUCAACGGAAAACCAGGAAGCAAAGCAGGCCGCCAUCCUCUGCAUCAAGCAAUGUGACCCAGAGAAGUUGAUCACGGAGAGCAAGUUCCUCCAGCUGGAGUCUCUGCAGGAGCUGAUGAAGGCGCUGAUAUCGGUCACCCCAGAUGAGGAGACGUAUGAUGAAGAGGAUGCUGCCUUCUGCCUGGAGAUGCUGCUGCGCAUCGUCCUGGAGAACAGGGACCGCGUGUCCUGCGUUUGGCAGACGGUCCGAGACCACCUCUACCACCUGUGCGUUCACGCCACGGAGAGCUGCUUCCUGGUGGAGCGGGCCGUGGUGGGCCUGCUGAGACUCGCCAUCCGCCUUCUGCGCCGAGAAGACAUCAGCUCGCAGGUUCUCCUCUCUCUGCGCCUCCUCCUCAUGAUGAAGCCCCAUGUGCUGUCCCGGGUCAGCAGGGAGGUUUCCUUUGGCCUUCACGAGCUCCUGAAGACUAAUGCCGCCAACAUCCACUGCACGGACGACUGGUACACUCUCUUCUCUCUGCUGGAGUGCAUCGGUGCUGGAGUCAAGCCUCCGGCCUCGUUCCAGCUCGCCUCCACCACCGCCGACAGCGACGCAGGCGCUCAGUCCGACAGUGAACUCUCAUCGUACCACGCCAGUGAAGUGAGCUCCGACCGUGGAUACACGUCUGACUCUGAGGUCUACACCGAGCACAGCAAGGCCAGGAUGCCGCGCUCCACCACAGACGUGGAUGUAGCGAGUAGCGGAUGGCUGGUGGUGGGUAAGGAUGAUCUGGAGAUAAAUAAGACCCCCCAGGUGAACUCCAAAGCUCAGCUGAAUCACCCUCUAGUCAACCAGUACAGCCUGACUCUGGGUCAGGACCUGGGCCAGCACGACACCAAGUCUCUGGUCAAGUGUGUGGAGACUCUGUCCUUCAUCGUGCGGGACGCGGCCCACGUCACACCCGACAACUUUGAGCUGUGUGUGCGAGCCAUCCGAGUGUUCGUGGAGGCCAGCCUGAACGGAGGCUACCGCAAUCAUGACAAGAAGAAGAGCCACAAGUACGACUCCUCAAAGUCCCGGAUGAGGAAGAAGGCCGGGGGGAAGGAGAAGGACGGUGGAGCCGGGUUGAGGCGGGGCGGCGGCGGCAGAGCAUCCGGUCAGCGGCUUUCCCGUUCCCACAGUGAUGAUGAGGAGGAUGAAGGAGUCCCUGCCAGCUAUCACACUGUGUCAUUACAGGUUAGUCAAGACCUGUUGGACCUGAUGCACACGCUGCACACCCGGGCAGCCAACAUCUACAGCUCCUGGGCAGAGGAACAGCGCCACCUAGAGACCGCAGGCAAGAAGAUCGAGGCUGAUUCACAGACUCUGUGGACCAGCUGCUGGUGCCCGCUGCUGCAGGGCAUUGCUUGGCUCUGCUGUGAUGCCAGGCGACAGGUGCGCAUGCAGGCGCUCACCUACCUCCAGAGGGCGCUGCUGGUGCACGACCUGCAGACCCUGGAUGCUACAGAGUGGGAGUCCUGCUUCAACAAGGUGCUGUUCCCUCUGCUCACCAAACUGCUGGAUAACAUCAGCCCAGCAGACGUAGGAGGCAUGGAGGAGACCAGAAUGAGGGCCUGCACGCUGCUGUCAAAGGUUUUCCUGCAGCACCUCUCUCCUCUGCUGUCGCUGCCCACCUUCGCUGCUCUCUGGCUCACCAUCCUGGACUUCAUGGACAAGUACAUGCAUGCAGGCUCCAGCGACCUGCUGCUGGAGGCCAUACCCGAGUCUUUGAAGAACAUGCUGCUGGUGAUGGACACAGCCGGCAUCUUCCACAGCACCGACUCCAGGACGGGCUACUCCGACCUGUGGGAGAUCACCUGGGAAAGGAUCGUCUGUUUCCUGCCUAACCUGAGGGAGGAGCUCUUCAAACAGACCGUCAUUCAGGACCCCACCCCCGCACCACCUGCUGAGGCAUCCACCCCCGCACCACAGAGGCCUUCAUCCCCCCAGGCGCCUCAAACCCAACAACCCUCUCCUGUUCCAGCAGGCCAAGCUGAGACACCCAGCAGUCUAGAGUCUCCACAGAAGCCCAAGCCGCUCAGCACCAACGGUUCAGACCAGUCUCCUCCCACUCCACCGGCCAUUCCUGCCACUCCCCCACCAUUAACCACGCCCCCCAUUCCAGCGCCGUCCCCUCUGAGCCAGUCCCCCCUCAUCCUGCAGCCCCUCGCCUCCCCUCUACAGGUGGGGGUUCCUCCCAUGUCCCUCCCCAUCAUUCUGAACCCCGCCCUCAUCGAGGCCACCUCCCCCGUACCGCUGCUGUCCGGAGUCAAACCCGCCACCUCUACCGAUGAAGUCAAGUAAAGGUCGGCCGCCAAUAUCCGGGACGCCACGCCUUCCAGCGUUUAAUAAGAGACGCGGCGGUUUAGGUUUGAUCCUCAGAAAACCACGCUGGCAUUCACUGAGGGGGAGGGGGACAUUACACUACAGUGACAUCUACCCCCACCCUAAAAACGACAAGCCACUUUUUAGUCUUGCAUUACAAUUUUAAUUUAGUAAAGUGGAAAAAAGAGGCGGGUUGUUUCCUGAAGGAAAGCAGUUUCUGAGUCGGUGGGACUGAAUUAUGCUCCGCCUUCAUGGCUGACUCAGCAAAAAACGGACCUCCGCUUGAUCUUUUGAGUUGAAUCUGGAUCAGAGCCAGCCUCUUCUUACCUGCAUGUUGGCGGUUUAGAGGAUUUCCUGAAGAACAGCUUCAGUUUUUCCACAAAUCUUCUCCUCCACGACCGUCUGACGUCUAGAACUAAAACAGAUGAUGACCUCCAAUAAUCAGGGAUUAUUGGAGGUCAUCAUCUGUCCUCUUCUAUCUCACCUAAUUCCCAUCGAAUGAAAUUUCACUAAACCAAAACUGAGAGCAAACUUCACAUCAAGUGUCAUCCGCUUUUCAGAAUAAAAGCUUGAAUAGUCUCAAAACCAACAAAUUUUGAGCUUCCACCGUAUUUAAUGUUAUUUAUUGAAGUGGGAGGAGCUAAUGUUUGAAUCAGAAACAUCCUGGAAGCGGGGGGGGGUUCAUAGACUUCUCUAAAACUGAUCUGUGCUUGAAUGGUAAAAGUCUAUUGAUAUCAUGUGUGUACAGAUAUAUAUAUAUGUAUAAAUAUAUGUAUACAUAUAAAUUAAAUGUACUUUUUAAUACAUAAUAAAUAUAGUGCUAAAAGUGUC